AUGGUAGCUGCAUUUCAAUGCAUUCUCACUCCUACUAGGUCGAAUUCAAUCCGGAAUUUUCCUUCGAAGACAAGGUAAGGCACUCUUUCAUCGCAGUUGAGAUUUCCUUGUUAGGCCACUGUCUAUGUACCAGAAGUGGCGGAAUUUGUCCCUGAAGAUGUUGCAAACAACAAUCGUCGAAUUGACACGUUAAUCAAGAAAUAUCUUCAUGAAAAGACGAAAAGUUUUCUUGAGGACGAAGACGAGGAGAUCGAAGUUGAGGGGGAACAAGGAGUAAGAUGUAAAAUAACAGGUAAGUAGCCCUCAUUGAUUCCCUUAAUAUCGUCAGACUCUCUUAGAGCGAAGAAAAAUCGCAAGAAACGAAAACGCGCACCCCAAGAAGAUGAGCAGGCAGAAAAGGUGAGGGAAAGUGUCUUAUUCCCCUUACCUCAGUAGGAAGCACAAUACGACUUCUUCCAGUCUGUCACGAAUUACGCAGCCGUCGAUUCUUUCAUUGGGUUUAAGCUGUCGAAACCGGUCCUCAAGGUACAACCUUUCGUUUUUUAAUCGUUCAGGCGCUCACUGACAUGAAUAUGUACAAGCCUACCCCUAUCCAGUGCGCCUGCGUUCCUCUUGCGCUGAUAAACCGAGAUAUCUGCGCCUGCGCGCGUACGGGAUCGGGAAAGACGCUGGCUUUUCUGCUGCCCAUUGUCGACAGGAUGGUCUACACCCCCGCUUCCAGUAGGCGGAGCACGCGGGCGCUCAUAAUCAGUCCUACGCGAGAACUCGCGGUGCAGAUAUUUAAGGUUGCAGAACAGCUGGUUAAGUACUGUCCGAAACUCAAGAUUCAGCUAGCCGCUGGCGGCUUGGAUUUGUCCUCCCAAGAGGCUUCUCUACGAACAAACCCUGACAUUGUUGUUGCUACACCCGGACGACUAAUAGACCAUCUUUCGAACGCUCCCAACUUCAGUCUGCAAGGAGUCGAAUAUCUCGUUCUAGACGAAGCCGACAAGUAAGUGUAGUCUUGCGCGUCUUCUAAUUCAUUGACAGACUUCUGGAUGAGUACUUCACGGAACAAAUAUGUGAAAUUCUUCGCCACUGCAGCUCACAGAAACAAACCCUGUUAUUUUCAGCAACUAUGACUGAAACUGUACGUCUCAUUCCUUUUUUCCUAGCAUAGUCAUCUUGUCGCAUUCAAUGCAUUUGCUCGUAGUGGGCUUUCUUAUUUAAAUUUGGAGCCGCCUCUUCUAUAGUUAGGCUAUACCCUUUGAAUGUUAUGGGGCUUUCAUUUGAUGCAGGAUCACAACAUGUACCGGCACAAGUAAUCUACUGAAUCCCUGAUGGUAGUUAAAACAAAACCCCUACUUUUACCAUCCCUCCGCAUCAGUCACAUUAUUACGCCCAAGACCAGCACUCCUGCGCCCUGUCACCUAUUCGCUGGCGAUAGAUAUGCAGGUCUAUCAUUAGCAACGUGCGGUAUCUCAAAUAGCUUCCUUUUGUCUUAGUUUUUCAAAUGACGGAAGACUACCCAGUCUGUCUGAGAGGCGGGUUGGUGCUCGUCGUAUUGUUGAUAAAAGCAGAGGGGGUAAUUCCAGGAAGCGGUUGAGGUGAGGGGGACACACUCGCUGGGACAAUGAUUUUAUAUGUCAGGCAUGGGGUGACUGGAAAUAAUCAAUUGAGAGCUCGAAAGCACGUAUUGCGUGCGUUAUAAAGUCCAGAGAACUGAAAUAUCAAGCACUGACCGCUCCCCCAGUCACCUGACAUUUCGCCAGCGGAUUAAAACUUUCUAAAGUUCUUAGGUGACUUUUUUGGAAAAUCACCAAACAGAGCUUUUAAUAAAAGUGCCUAGUAUAGAGAGUUUCAAGUCUAUCUUGUGUUUCAUUUCUGUUCCAGCAACUUCCUAAGCUGCUGCUUUACGUAAUGUUCCUCGCCCGAGUGAAAAUUGUUUUCGUCUCUGUUGAACUAAACAAUUGUUGCUGUUGAAAAACUCCUGGAGAGGGUUAGGGAAAAGCAUCUAAUAGAAUGUGCUCAUUUGAGGAUCGUGACGUUGGUAUUAAAAAUUCACCAUCUUCUUGUUGCACCAUUCAUGGUUAAACUUUCCCAGCAUGGGGUCGCCUCUUUUCAAGGUGCGUGAGUUGGCCACAGUGUCUCUCAGGAAUCCAGUUCGAGUUUUUCUCAACGAGUCAACCGCAGUGGCUGACAGACUUCAACAGGAGUUCGUCCGCAUCCGACCACAGAAAGAAGCUGACCGAGACUCCAUACUCGCAGCUCUCCUUGUCCGUUCCUUCCCCAAACGGACAAUUGUCUUUCUGCCGACAAAGAAGGACUGCCAUCGCAUGCACGUUCUGCUCGGCCUGAUGGGGCUACACUGUGCUGAGCUGCAUGGUGACAUGCACCAGUCGCAGCGUCUAGAGGCCCUCCGUCGUUUCACUGAGGAGUCCUCUUUUCCCCAGGGCUCCUCUACAAAUUCGAAGACGACUGCUGUGGACAAGGAUGAUCACAAGACUGAAGUCGAGGAUGCUGCACCCCCCGUCGACAUCUUACUUGCGACUGACCUUGCUGCUCGCGGCUUGGACAUCCCCCAUGUGCAGACGGUACGUUACCCCUCCGCUCUUCCGUUUGAACCGCUCCUGAUGUGGUCGGCACGUGUCCGGCUGUCCGUGGGGAAGUUGCGUAGAUCGCAACACAUUCUGUCCUAGUUCUUCUCAACACUUUCAUUGCCGUUUAACUGAAUUUGCCCCGUUGUCAGACGUGGAUGUAUGUUGCCCUUUGACUGCUGUCUCUUAAAAUAGUUCAUGUUCAGCGUAUUUUUUCCAUGGCUGAAUCCUCAAUUUUAUUCUAGAGAUAGGUAGUAGGGUCCGACAUUUCAACCGUCGUUUCUGACAAUGUCCACCGUGUGCUCCAUAGCAAAGUGGGAGCAGGGGUGUUGACUUGCGCGUGAGUUCGCUCAUAUUGAUAGUAGGCCUGCGCAGCAUCUACCGCACUCUCCCCGUCUCCCCCACCUAAGUCCGGUGUCGUGACAGGGUCGAGGAGACCAGAGGCAGCAAGACACGCAGGUGGCUGGCAUGGCGGAAAAUGCAGCUAGGCGUGCCACCACGCCCCUGGUUCACAACGUACAACUGACCAGGAUUCUACACAACAACUGACGCGCCGUGUGUCUGCACCUGGGCGCGCCGCUCCAUCCCCAAUGUUGACACUUGUUAUAGGUGCACGUUUCAAAUAACGCCUACCGGACCCCGAUCUGGUCUCCCUGUUGGUCCAACGCAUCUGCCGCGUGGGCAGUUUGUGGGCAACACCGUUGGUCCACACCAGUGAUGACAAAUUACCGGAACCCACAAGCGAAAUCUUUCGAGCAUCCAAGUGCAGUGGGCCUCAGCCUCUUCAGCCAUGACCUCCUGCUGCUUACGAGUCAGAGAAUUAUUUCGGAGAGAUCAGUGCCUUGGCUUGCGCACAGUUGUCAUGCGCCUCGUCUGCACGUGCCACGCGCGCGCUGGCCUCUCGGAUCGCGUAAAUUGCACUUCAUUUGCUUGCAUUUCAUAUCUACCGGAAAUGCCAUGGGGCCGCAUCUGUAACUAGUUAAAAACAGGCCCAGCCCCAAGGACCGAGAUAUCUAGCCAGUUGGAAAUCUUCGAAUUCACUAUCUUUGCCUCGCUGUGAUAGGUCAAAACGUGUCAAAUUCCUUACAGCUAGAAAUUUUCGCGCAGGAUCGUAUGCAACACAAAUGUUAGGCCGUUGCGUAGAAAAAACAUAGCAACGGUCGUUUUGUAGGACCGCACGAAGUGCCUAAGAUGAUCACUAACGUCAGAAAUGAUUUCCGUGAGACGACGGAGAGUUGGUAGGUGUGCUCGAUGAGGCUGUGUUGCGGCAGGACGGGUUAUCGGCCAAUCACUUUAACUUCCGACAGAAGGAUCUCGAAGUCAUCUGGCAGCACAUGCUGCCCGGAUUCGUUUGCCGAAGAUUGCACUCACCACCGUUCGCAGCUCCAGCCACUGAUAUCACGAUCACUGCAGAGGAGCCCAAGAGACCACACGCGCAAGCCGGGUCCGGCCUAGAUUCUUCAUCUCUUUAAAGUGCCCGAUAUUGACACUGACGCGUUUUAAACAUCUAAGUACGUUAAAAUCGUACAGCAUGUUGUCAUACCGCCGUAUCUACCUCAGCUCAGUCAGGCAGCGGUUGGUUCCCCUUGCCACCUGAUUAUUUGCCCCUCUGGCCUGGAGUCAAAAGACCGACCUUUUUACAGAGCUGAUAAAGCUGCUACUGCACCUGAAGGUCUCAAACAUGUGGGACGAGUCAUUUACGAAUUUGUGUGAAACAGUUUUCCUCCUGGAAGAUAGUGGGGUACUUCAGCGUUGGCUACAGCACGUCGCGUUUAUCGCCAGCACAUUUCGUAGGUAUCUUCUUUCUACAAGCAUGUGGUGUUACUAAUGUUAUGAGUACUUAUGUAUCCCUUCGUUGAGAUGCCGAAACGAUGCGUUUUUGUGCUCAGCACAGGUCUUUACCGGAAUUUUAUUGCUGUCGAGAUUGCCGACCUAGUGGUCCCUCCAAAACUGCGUAUUCUGCACCCACACACAUUGAAUUAAACAAGAAUCUUGAGCUUGUUUGUUUUCGUUGCAGCUUCACGACGAAAUGAAAAUUCUUAGGAUCUCGUUUUUACACGUCUCGAGUCUGGACGGUGGGGAUUACGCCUCUUUCAAGAAUGGCUGUCGCAGUGUGGGGAAUCGGUCUCUGCCGUUUAGAAGGCUUUCACCUUUCCGGCUCUUUUCUCCUGCCUGUGAAAUUCAUUCCGCUGUCGUAAUACUCCUAUAUUUAGUCCGCUUCGGACGAUGAGAGAAGUCUGUCUUUUCGGCGGCUGGAAGGAAACACAUGUUACGCCUGCCGAUUUUCAUUGCUGCUCUCGGCCUCUCUUUGCAAGUGAACAAAACUACCCGAAUUCGACUGGGCCACCUGUGCGCGGGCUUGCAAACACGGUUUCCAGUAUGUGCAUACCGGCGACGUUGCCGCUUGCCCAUCGAUCUAGGACUUUGAGCGUUGUCAUUUGGGCCGAGUGAAGGCGUCAUGGUCAAGUACCUGUAUGGUCUAUCAACCCUGGGUCUUCAUCCACGACCGACCCUAAUUUUAUACGUCACCCUCAUUUGAUUUCACCCUUUAGCCAAGGUGGUUACACGGCGAAAUAAAAGAUGAGCGCUGGAUACCAUUUAGUCAAUGCGUCCAACCGAUUUCGUGCGAUUGGGGGCGGCGACUUGGUCGUAGUAAGUGGAAACGCACAAGGUCUUUGAUGUGUAUGGCCGAGGUUGUCUGAUAUACAGACCUGCUUCGUAAUCGAUCUCCCCAUCGAUUAAGAACAUUUUAAGUACGUUCUCCAGUAUUAGUAAUUUUAAUACCAUUUGAACAGCAUAGUCAGGAGAAUAUUCACAGGUUGGAGGGCUCGACCCCGGGCAUUCUAACAAUGGUCUCUAUACUUCGUUGUCCCUUAUGCUCUUGGCACAAUCUUCAGCUUGCUCAAGAAGACAGCGCAUCCAACUUCGAUUCGAAUAAUUAUAGUUUGGAUAGGAAUUAUGUGACAACCUGCACGCUUGUGUCCUGUAUAUGGGAGCUUUUUAUGUAACGUUGGUUCGAUUUUAAAAGCUACUUUAUUUUCACGGAUGCUACCACAAUGAUAGUAACGCAUGAAAUGAAGUAACAUGAGUGUCCUGUCUCAUGAGAAACACUGAUUAAAUGCAGCCAUUUUUAGAGGUAAGUUUUCAGAAUGUUGUUGCUUACCACAAUUUACAGCUGCCCUAUAACGAUAACUAAAUUCCCGCGAAAACUCCGUUGUAAGUAAAAAUCGCUACAAGCUCGAUGGUGCUGUUUGGCACUGUCAUUUCCGUCUUGCAGCCUUCGAAAGUGGCCACGUAAAGCACUGUACGAUUUCAAAGAACCUCAUAUUACCAUUUUACAAUGUAUGUCAGUAUUUUAUUGUCCGACUUUUUUCUGAUGUUGUAGUUUGUGCGAGCGACCGGAAAUUUGAGUCUUCCUAAGCAUGUUACUCCAUCAACUGUCACUAGUGUACCUCGGGGACAUUUGACUUUGAAAAUCUCAGGCACCUUGAGUGUGAAGGCAAGGAUUUAGUACAACCAACGCGCCAACCUCCUCAGCUACUAGGCCCCAACUGAGAGACUCGAGUUUUGUUUGAUCCCCCACUUAUUUUUACUACACGCAAUCUCGACUGUAGGGCGCCGUACAUUGGUAUCAUUGCCCAAAUCGUUCUAGGCAUUCUAGGGGUUUCCUGUUUUUUUUUUCACAACGACUCACCGUAGCAGAUACUUACGUGGUUGGUUUGAUUUUUCAGGUUAUUAACUAUCGACUGCCUCCAACAAUGAAGCAGUAUGUUCAUCGGGUCGGCAGAACUGCGCGGGCUGCAAACACAGGAAGGUAAGUCUUGCAACCUCUGGCUGUUUGUCGGCCUUCCGCCCUCUUUUAUUUUCCCCCUAAGAAGACAGGUCAUUUUCUAUCAUAAUUACAUCUCUUUGGGCUAAAAAUACGUGUGUGCGCAAUCAACCUAACGCAAUUUUUUACGAUCCCUUCUCCCACCUCAGAGCCGUAUCUCUGGCAGGCGAAUCAGAUCGCAGGCUACUGAAGGAAAUUAUCAAGGAUGCACCCUAUCCUAUAAAGGCCCGUAGUGUUCCGCAAGGUAACUCGUUUGGUGGGUGUUUUGUGUCAUUUACUCUCUGCGGAAUAUCGCCCCUGCUCCUAGAAAAUCUUCAUUUUUAAUUUCUGACGAACCUGUUUCUGUUUUUGCUUUAGCAGUCUGUAUUCUGGGCCAGUCAGACUUGUGUCAGACAUUUCCUUGCCUCCCCCCCCCCCUGCUGCUACUGGCAUCACACCUCUUGAGCUUUUCAUCAACCGAUUGUUGCCACCACAGUGGCAGGCCAUCUGACGCGCAUUUGCAGGGUAUGCAGUUUGAUUGCGUUGCACCGCAUGCCCCCCCUGCUGCUACUGGCAUCACACCUCUUGAGCUUUUCAUCAACCGAUUGUUGCCACCACAGUGGCAGGCCAUCUGACGCGCAUUUGCAGGGUAUGCAGUUUGAUUGCGUUGCACAGCAUGCGUCGCCAUGUGGGAGACCUCAGCUACCCCUACUAAACACAAGUUUUAUUUGCCGCCCUUCAUUAAGCCGAAACAACGGCUGUUGGCGAAUGUGCUAGGACAUUGUACGUCGUUGUCAUUUCCCGACUUUGUACCACAUCUCAUCGCUCACGAUGCGAGGUCAACUACGCGUCACCGAGCAGCUAUUACAAUUUCCCCCGCCCAUUUCCCUCAUUAGACAACUGACCGGCUCGAGCAGUGGACAAGUGUCUGGAAGUUUGAAGAGAGAGUGAUGUCGACUAUCUCGGCGCAUAUUCCUCACCGUAAACAAUUCGACGCCCUUGAAGUUACCACGCUACGCUAAAAGCAGCGUCUUAGAAGGCGGACAACUAACAGCGUAACUCAGUCUCCGCAGUCAGCGCAGUGUGUGCAUGUGUGGAGUGGCGUAGCGGGGGGCUGUGAGCGAGGCUGCAAUGGCUCCUUCUUAAUUUGGCUUCUGUGGAGCUCCCACCCAGUAGAAUCCGAGCCAGUUUGGGGACACGCCUAGGUUCCACCGUGACCGGACCUACGUGGGGAAGAAGGAGAGAGUGUAGUAGAUGCCGCGCAAGUCCGCUGUCGUUAUAACGGAACUCACGCCCUAGUCACCGUCUGUUCCCACCCUGUGGAGCACAUGGUGGACAUCGACGGCCGAACUGUCUUGCAAUUUUCCAACUACUACGAGGCGUUCAAUUAACAACUCCGACCUCUUCAAUAAGAAAGUUGAAAGUGCAGUGGCUGUCCUCCAUUUUGCAAACCUUCAGUUAAUUAAAACAUCGUUCGGUGGUACUUGCGACCACUGUGUAGUCUGAUAUCUACUGAUCCUUAUUCGACGACUAUGAUUUUUAAAGAGAUUCACCGUCAAGGGUGUUUUGAUUCCAUGUCUUGAUUUGCGAUCGACGAAUUGUCCGCGAAGUUUUUGGAAAAUUCUCUAAAAUGAACACGGGACUGACCACGAGCUACACAAGUCUAGUGAAGUCCAUCGUCUUUGGGGCGCAACUUCAUUUUACCUUGAGGCAGCAGUCGACUACGUGGCAGACAGUGAAAGCAGACUACAGGCGGACAUUUCCAAAGCAAAUGUUUUCCAAGCUCUGUUCAGGUUAAUUCUGUCGCUCGUGCGCAGGCUAGAAACAGGUCAAAGUCGAGAGAAACAGCCUGACUAACACCCUUGCAUAUCGUUGUCUUUUCAAUUUUGUUCGCCCUUCCUUCCCUCAACCUUUUACCCAUUGCGCGGGCAAGACCCAUGAAGCCGGGACCCCACCCCCCGCCCUCCCCGUUAAAUUAUUCCGUGUUCAUCAUCAGUCUCCCUUUUCAUCCUUUCCGUUUUCAGAAGUGAUUGCUCGAUUUAAGGCACGCAUCGCCAAGCUCGAGCCCUUCAUGAAGGAGAUUCUAGCCACAGAGGCCGAGGAGCGUGAACUGCAGGCAGCCGAAUCACAGUUGGCCAAGGCUGAACGUCUCGCAGCAGAACGGGCAGCCGGGGGCGCUGGCCAGACCUCAGCGGCGCCUCCAUUCCAAAAACGCACUAACUGGUUCUCAGAGAAGCGCGAGGCUGAACGCGAAGCGAAAAGGGGUAGGCGACGCAAACCCCCACCAUUUAUUUAUUCUAUGCCCAAUUAGUGUCAAGCAAAUUAACGUUAGUAGCAAUUUCAUAAGUAGGCAGUUGAAUUAUAUGUAAGUUUUCCGAUUUUUAUGUAUUUUGGACUCCGGCCAAUCAAUGCACACUGAUUUAAAACGUUGCUUCUACUAAUCGACUGACUAAACUAUCCGAGGUUGCGGUGGGGAGUCAUCAAAUAGGGGCCCGGUCCUCUGUCCUGCUAACGGCCAAGUACCCGUGCAGGUCACUUGGACAAAAUUCCGACAAUUAGAUCGUCUCCUUGUCUCUCCAAAAUAUAGGCUGUGCUCCUCAUCUUCUCCUCCUGGUUCCUGAACUGAAAAGUCACCGGCUCAAGUAAACUGAGUAGAGACCCUAAUGAACGUUGCGGACUCACAGUAAUGCAUACAAUCUUUUGCUGUUCCACAGCAUUUGACCCAAUUACUAGAUUAUCGGAUUAAUUGGAAUCGACUACAUUUGGGUCCUUGUCAUACGGUUCCGUCAUCCUUAAAAUCAUCUGAGAUGACUCAGUUGUCCCCAAGAAGUUGAGACGCGAGUAAAACUUACCGAGUGACUCGGGCUCUACUUUAUUCGUUUCACCUCCGACCCUCAAAGUGGAUCAAUGUAGUAUGUUUCGAGGUCAGUUCAAUGUCACCUGACUCCGUAUAGAUCAAUUUACGAAAAGGCGAUCUUCUUUUAGUUAUCAAAUUAGUCAGUCUCGGGUUGUCCGAUAAGUGAAUGACAGCUUAGCUUUUCGGGUCCUUAAGACCAUUCAAUAAGCCCGGCGAGACUGAAACUCAGAAGGGAUUCGGAAAGAGGGGAGCUGGAGCUUACCUACACAAACUCAGGCAUUCUCCUUUGACGGAGAUUCGUCAGAUUCCGUAGCAAGAAUUUUGGUUACCGAACGUGCGUGCUGUCGUUUCGUUGUCUAAGUAUGCUCAUCCCUGACAUGAGAGAUUCUGACCUCCUUCCAUGCCAAGCCAAAACUUAGGACACAUUCAGGUAUACUUCGAAAUUGGAGAAAUUGAUUACUAGAAUUACAAGCCUACUAGUUUAAGAGUCAAGUUGAUUUGUACACAGUAACGUGCUUGGUUUUAGUUUAUUAUCAUUUCGUGUAAACUACCAUUAUAAUUUAAAGCAUCUCAGACAGCAUGCUUUUUUCGCUAUGAUUUUCAAUGCUUGUAAAUAUCAAAUUUUACUUUCCAUAGCGACUGCAAUAUUUUAAGAGCCUCAGGUAGGGCUGACGGUCUUCUGCCCCACUUCUCAUCGCUGCGUAACUCCCCAGCAUUCGGUGCUCACGAUUUGAACAACAGACAUAAGCAGGCACGCGUCUUAUAGCACAGUCUGGGCCAAGGGCAAAGGGGCGCUCAGUGAUUGUGUUACGAAAUUCAGUCGACACGUCGUGCCUUGAGGCUCUCUCUCGAGCCCGAAUAGUAACGGCACAGCGGCGCAUGAUAUAGGCAGAAUGUUAUUACUGACUAAGACUAGGGAGACUGGAGUGGCCAUUUCUAGUUUAUUAGCCGUCGUCAGCCAGCGUCUCUCUGUCAUUGUAUACUUCCGAGCGCGACCGACAGGAAAGCGAGCCCGUGGUUCAGUGGUUAGGGGUGUUGGACUUCUAGCCAACUGGUCACGGGAUCGAGCCAUGAGUUUUGCACACCUCAGGGCUGGAUAUGGCUGACUGACGACGGUUAAUAAGCCAGAAAUGGCCAAUCCAGUCCGCCUUGUCUUUGUCGAUAAUGUUAUUGCGCCAUGGACGUUGUAGUCUCUGAAAAUGGCAGCUGAAUCCCCUACUCGAAACAUCUUUCCUGCUGACUGUUUCCUAUUCAGGUUAUAGUGGGCGCAGAAGUCGCCAUUCCGUUGCUUGACUCUUCUAUUCGCCUCGCCAGAUGCGGACUGAGGACUGUUCCCAUUCAUGGGUCUUUAUUCGAGUCUUUUAUGUCUUCUUUCAGCAUCUGCAAAAAACAGGAGUCAAAAGAAGCUACCCUCAAAGCGACCACGUAAGGAUGCCUGAUUUUGAGACGGUGGAAACUGUGUACACCCCUUUUUCCUCCCCCGCUAUGCAGCAUUUUGAACAACACAGAGACUUGCCCGUUAACCUUCAUUUAUGCCUUUUUCAUCUGCAUCUGUUUACGGUCCCAUGUCUUUAGGAGUUGUCCACGGACUCAAGAGCCUUGCAAUCUAUCACAUUUGGCAACUAUCUUCGGUUGCAGAAGCCGAUGCGACCGCCUUCCUUUCAACUGGAUGGUUUCACAUAUUCUGGCUAAUUUCGCGCCUUCCUGGGAUACAGUGCGCCAUGUUUUCAAAGGAUCCUUACAGUGUAGCGGUUUGGUCGAAAUUCGUGAAAAAUGCACCACAACCCUCUGGUUCGGGAGUGAGCAGCCAGCACGUUGAAUAA